GUGGAAAUGGUUUGACGGAAGCGUUUUCAUGCUUGUUGAUAUCAAAGAACUCUCCUCUCGGAAGCUCGUCGAGUCGCAAACUCGCUAAACUGGGGGAAACGUUUGCUGUGGCGACUCGUUAGCGCGUACCAAAUGUCGAGCAAAGUGUGAAAGCUCAAAACACUCGCGAGUCGAGGUACGAGGGUACAAGUUUGACGUUGCCACGUGGAAGGGGCGACUGAAGUAAAUGUGUGGAAACGUUCUGCCAUUGCCUGCGCGCUAACACCAAGCUAGCAUUGAAGCGUUCGUCGGAGGGGGCGGGCGGUGGCUUCACUGUUGGGGCUUGUUUGAUUUGCUGGACGUUACGGGCCGGGAGUUGGAUUCAAGCACGUCACGCAUCUGAGCAACACGCGAAAAGUGCGCUCACACAAAUAGCGCCAGUUCAACUUCAACUUAGUCAACUGUUUAUUUAAUAGAUGAAGUAAGAAUCCGAUCAUCAAGACUCGGGAAGCAGUGAAGUUUGCGUUCGUCUCCGCCGAGAGGACAAGGCAAGUCGUGUCCCUUUAAGAGGCUCGUGUUACAGGAAGUCGGAGGGGCGGUUCCAGCCGAGCCACACAACGGAGCCCGUCCGCCCGCCGCGGGACCCGAAAUUCAGCCUCGCCCUCGCCGCCGUCCUGUCAUGGUCGCUUGUGGCGGACGUGCGAGAUGGCGUCUCUAGCGGGCUCGAGCGACGACCUGGACCUGGACCUGGACGCGUCCCUGCGCCAGAUGCUCAAGGCCAUCGCAGACGAACGGAACCGACUCAACACCCGCCAGGAGAUCAGCGGCCUGGGUUGUUUGAAGGACGACCGCAUCGUGUUCUGGACGUGGAUGUUCUCCACGUACUUCAUGGAGAAGUGCGCCCCCCGCGAGGACGAUAUGCUCUUCUACGUCCGCAGGAAGUUGGCCUACGUGGACGCAGACAACGCCGAGGGCAAGAAGGUGGAGGUCGAAGUUUACAGGAGAGACUCCAAGAAGCUUCCGGGCCUCGGAGACCCCGACAUCGAUUGGGAGGAGAGCGUCUACCUCAACCUCGUCCUGCAGAAGCUGGACUACGUGGUGACUUGCGCCGUGUGCACGCGGUCGGAUGCCGGCGACAUUCACGUCCACAAGAAGAAAUGUCAGGAAGUGUUCGCGUCUCCCAGCAAACAUGCGAUGGACAGCAAAGGGGAGGAGUCCAAGAUGAGCUACCCGAACAUCUUCUUCAUGAUCGACAACUUCGAGGAGGUGUUCCAGGACAUGACGGUGGGCGAGGGCGAGAUGGUGUGCGUGGAACUGGUGGCCAGCGACAAGUCCAACGCCUUCCAGGGCGUCAUCUUCCAGGGUUCCAUUCGCUACGAGGCGCUCAGGAAGGUCUACGACAACCGGGUGAGCGUGGCGGCCAAAAUGGCGCAGCGGAUGUCGUUCGGCUUCUACAAGUUCAGCGGCUUGGAGUUUGUGCGCAUGAAGGGGCCGCAGGGGAAAGGUCACGCCGAAAUGGCCGUCAGCAGAGUGCCGGACGGAGCGGACGGCGACCGGGACGAUGACCGCACGCCGCCGCACGAGAGGGUGACGUCGUUCAGCACGCCGCCGACUCCCGAGCGCAACCGCCCGUCGUUCUUCUCGCCGUCGCUGCGUCGGAAGGUUCCCAGGCACAAGAUGGCCGAGAUGAAGAAGUCGCACUCGGCCAACGACAGCGAAGAAUUCUUCCGGGAAGAAGACGACGAAGAGCUCCACGGCGCCACCAACCUGCGCUCGCGCUCGCUGUCGGGGACGGGUCGCUCGCUGGUGGGAUCGUGGCUGAAACUGAACCGGCCCGACGACUACUUCCUGCUUUUCUCGCACCUCACCUACGUCACGCUUCCUCUGCACCGCAUCACUGCCGACAUCUUGGAGGUGCGUCAGAAGCCCAUCUUGAUGACGUAGCGUCGCGCGGGUGCCCCGCGAGCAAGCGCCGCCCUGCGUCAGCGCCCCCCGGGGGCCGCGCUCCCACCGGACCGUGCGGCCGCCGCCUACGACAACCAGCCGUCCGACAAGUGCCUCCUCUUCGUCACCUCCUCGCUCUCGUCUCCGACAUCAACGCACCUUAGGCACCAACUCUCACAGGAAGCGAAGUGGUGUGACUGACAGGAAGCGACGUCACUCUUGGCAGGAAGCGGUCCCGCCGCCUUCUGCCUUUCCAACAUGGCGAUCGGACGCUAACGCGAAAAAGGGAAGAAGAAACUUGCAGUGUUGAGUUGAGCCAAUCAGGAAGCGCAAUGUUGACAUUUGGACUUUUUAAUAAGUUUACUUCAAGUUGCAACACAAACAUGUGACGUGACUCAAGCGUCACACGAGCGGUGCUUUUGCUACACUUCGUCCGUUCGGCCAUCGCGUCGCUUGUCGCGAAGCACUCACGACAGACGAGAGAAACUUUCUUAACAGAAUAAACGAGAUUGACAAAC